AUGACGCGUCGCAAGGGCUGGCCCUCACCACCGCUACCCGCAGUCUCCAGAAUCCCCGUGUCCUUUGAGAUCCCCGCCUCACUGCAGCAGUUCUCUACCAUUUCACGCUCCCUCGCUGCGACAAUGGCGUCUGGGACGGGGCCCUAUGACCAUCCUCUCUCGAACUCUACCUCGAUAUCCCAGGCAUCGUCCAAUCCUACCCCUGUGACCACGCAGUCGCAACAUAGACCGAGUUCUCAAUCCUCCUCGCAGUCGAUCUCGUCGCACUCGACCGCCCCUCGCGUGGGCCAAUACGCUACAACCAAGGCCAAUCCUCUAAAGCGCUCUUUCUCCGAGGUGCAGUAUGAAUCUCGAUCCGCUCAUCAGCCAACGUUUUCUAGGACGGCGUUACAGGAUGCAGAACAGACUGAUGCCCACCUCCGAGCCGUCGCAAAAUCCACAACCGUUGUUGCGGAGCCGAGUUCGCAUUCUCCGCAAACGCCACAUACGAACAUCCCGACGACGACUCAAUCCGAGGAACCUCCACUGAAGGCAGGCGAAGCACUUGUCUUAGCGACGCACCCCAACACGAUAGCACAAUUGAUUGCCAGGAAAAGAGCAGAAAAUGAGAUGUCGGGUCAUCGAGAGCGAUGGGCUCGCAGGCAACAGGAAUAUCGAAUGUCACAGUCUCCAGCGACUCAGUCGGGGAGUGAGCUCAAUCAUCAAGUCUCUCGCAACGAAGUGACAAAAGCCCCUCCAAAGAGCAGAUCGAAUCCUCCUCUAGGACGAUCUGUGUCGGCCAUACCAAUAGUGAAACCUGUGACCUCGAUUGUGUUUGACGCGCAAACUUCUGUGGCCGAGUCUCCUUCCACCACAGCAACAGAAGAAUCUACGAAACCUGCCGAAUACAAUAGCGAGACGCGGCAAUCCAACGAUAAUGACUCGUUCUUUGAAUCGCCUUUCUCUUCACCAAUUGUUGAGUUCCUUGAAAAGGCUACGGACAAUGCAGGAUUGAAAGAACCACUAAAACAUCAAGCGGAAGUGUCCAACACAAACAUCACCACGGCCACAACAGCCCCCAAGUCUCAUCUCGAUCGCGGUGCAGGGUCCACAAACUCUACAUCAACAACCGCCAAAUUCCAAGAAGCACCAGCAAUACCUCCUCUUUUCUCAGAUAAGCCUUUACCGAACCAAUCUCAACCUCAGUCUUUGCACACAAGCUCUUCGCAAAGUCCGUCGAUGAGCGUACACCAACAAGCCCAGACUGAAUCGCUGACUCCGGUCCAAGGCCAACUAACUCAACAUCAACCAAGAGGUGGACCGCCACAAUUAGCACCCCGUCAACUGCCAGCACCGCGAACCAUACCCUACUACCCACAAAAUGUGGGCAUGCCGGCUUUCUAUAGAGUGGAAAUGAAUCAAAGCUGGCCAGGUGGUGGCAACGACUUUAUCUCAACUCCCGUUUCUUCAAACCCUGGAUACGAUCAGCACGUUUUACCCCCGAGCCUGAGCUAUAAUCCAUAUGGCGUAGGUUCGAUGGCUCCGUACCUGGUGGGACCAGACCUCCCACCGCCUCCCGGUCCCCUCCGCACUUAUGGCAGUAUGAUGGCAACCGAGGUCGCAGGACAAUCAAGGGAGCAGUUAAUUGAUGCAGGGCACAUAACCGCGGCAGAUAUGGUCGCCGGUAUUAAUACGAGAUUCAAAAUUGCGACAAAGGACGACUUCACUGUUCCAAAGCGAUAG